AUGAACGAAGACGCUCAUGAAAAUUGCGAAAAUCAUCCGGUGUUCGCCGUCUUCCUCCCUGACGAUGUAGCCAGCUCGCCAAAAACGUUUUACAACACAGCAAAAGAAGCGGCGAAAUGGGCCAACUCGCCAGAAUUGAAAGCAAAAGGGGCACGCUUUCGACGUUUUGACUCACCAGUGGCCGCGCAGCACUUUAUUGGAAGUCCGUUGGCCGUGUUCCGUGACAAUAGCCCUCAACUUACCGGAUCGGACCCGGCUGUUCCAUUCAAGGCGACGACAAAGAUCGAAAUGAACCGUCUGAAGCGUUUCGUGGAGCUCGAUCAGUUGUCGGAAUUCUCGCAAAUGGUUAUGGGGAAUCCACGUUAUCUAGUCAACACAUCGGGUGACUGUCCAGCAAUUGCCCAGGAGGGUUUUCGCUAUAAUGUACUACAUGUGGCUGCGAGAAGUGGUGCGGGGCUGGUGACCGCGAAGACGCUCGAACUUUGCGCGGACCCUGCAUUCUUGAGUCGACUCUACGGGACGGACGAAGCUGAUGUGCUGAUGCGGAGGGAUAAUAUUAUCCUUGGCUACCUGUGUACACCGGACAAAGGGAAUGUGGGAACGCCGCUCAUCAUGGCGCUGAAGUUUGGUCAAACGAAAGUGGUUCGUGCGAUCAUCGACUUCAUGAGACUGUCCGUAUGCGAACACCUGCGUCCACGGCUCGAGCUCAAUCUUUCGCAUCUUUUGGAUGAUGCUAUUCUGUGUGCGCGUUACAACGGCAAAGAGUCCAAGGAGGACGUCAAAAAUGAAAUAAAGAAACUUUUCAACACCUUCUACGUGCCGCUCUAUCGCUCGAUCGAUGCGUCGGCGCCUGCUAAAAUUCUGCUGCCCACGGAUUGUCCAAGGUUGCUCAUAACUCCACAUGCCGGCGACUGCUUGCCAAGCGCUUCGGGGUCUGAUCUGUUCUCAAUGGCCGUCAACUACAAACUCGCCGCCUGCGCCGGACCAUUCUUGGGAGAAGAAACGGCACAGGCGUUCCAAAAGGAUUGGGCGCGCAGCGGCUUCAAGGAGAAACGCAGUGACAUGGAAAAAGGCUUCGAACGUGUCGGUCGCCAACUGGCGCGCAAGUAUGGCGUCGAAUGGAGGGAGGCCUGGGUCUUCCUCGAGACGAUGUGCGACGUGACGACAGAAGAGGGCUUGCAGUUGGUAGACCACUAUCUACGAAAAAUGCGCCUGCAGCCUGACGAGUCCUUCGGCGACAGCACGCAGACAGAACCCCGAAAACAACUCUUCUUCGCCGAAGAAGACGACAUGGAGGGCGCUGGGGAUAUGCCCAGCGAAAACGAAGACUUCUGUGAUGCAGCUGAAAUGUUUGAAGAGCCUGACUCCGAAGAGCCGUCACCCGACGAUUCGCUGAUGGGGCUAACAAAGAGAAUGGAUGAAACUGCCAUUGAGGACGAAGCGAUGGAAUUCGAAGACUUGGCCUUGGUCUCGCCUGUACCCGAUGCGGGCGACGAGAAGAUGGAUGAUCAGGAAUCGAAGUCCGGCAUCGCGUCACUCAGCGACGAUGAGUACGACACGCCACCGCCAAGUCCGCCGCCCACCUAUCUAUUCGAGGAGCCGACAAAGCUGGACAACGACCUCUUCCUGGCCUUGAACGAGACACCAGAAGAGCGACUAGGCAAAUUCCCGCAGGUUUCGCUCUUCAUGCGCCAAAUGGGCCGCGUCGAAGAGCGGGCUCGACAAUGCUGGCCCGGCGUGGACAGUCCAAGAUGUCCGCGUACCCGAAGCCUGCAACGUCUGACCAAGGAGCGACGAUACACACCAAAAGGCACCCUUGAUUUG